GGUUUUGUGAGAUCUCUCCUGCUCUGCAGAAGUACUGGUGUUCCAAAAUACGUGUGGAGAUCCCCCCUCCUUCUCUCUUUCAGGUGUACCACGUCUCUUCAGACAGCUACGAGACACAGAACCAACACUAUGGAAGGAACCUGACCAAGGAAACAGUAAAGGAUGGCAUCUCGAAGUUUUUCCACAGUGGGUACUGCCUGAGGAAAGAUGUGGUAGCUGCCAGCAUUCAGAAGAUUGAAAAGAUUUUGGAGUGGUUUGAGGGCCAGACUCAGCUCAACUUUUACGCCAGCUCGUUGCUUUUCGUCUACGAGGGCUCGUGCCAGGCGACAACCGUGCGGCUGAACGACGUCACCUUGGUGGAGAAGAGAGGGGUACCCAAAGUGCUGUCGGGUGGAGAUGUACUGGAGUGUAACAACAACAUUCACGUCAUAAGUUCUACGGAGAACGGAAAAAUCGAAGCCUCCGUAAGCAAAGGCUUGUCCAAAUUUUACGCACUUCACAAAAAGUCGUGCUCCAAGAGGCACCACGGUCAGCUCUCGCUGAAAGUUGAAAACCUGGAGCAGGGCAGCGUGUGGAAAAGCGGCACGUGCAUUGCCCAGGAGCACCUGAACGGAAACGUUCUACCCCAACUGGAAAAAGUUUUCUAUCACAUGCCAGCAGAGACCAAGGAGAGCGCAAACGUCGAAGUCCGAAUGAUCGAUUUCGCUCACGUGUUCCCCAGCAACGCGAAGGAUGAGGGCUACAUUUACGGCCUGAAAAAUCUAAUCACAGUACUUCAAAAUAUUUUGGAUAACUGAAUUCUUUGCUAUGUUUUUUUUUUUUUUUUUUUUUUUAAUCGGGGCCAAUGGUAAAGAGCAACAACGUGAAGAAUUUCUGCACUUGUAAUGCUGUAUACUGGGUUUGUAUUGUUCUAUAUUUUAUUUGUCUUUGUACUUUUGGUAGAAGGGUUUAAACUUUUUAUAAUUUCACUCAGGAAAAUAAUUGAUAGCUAAUUAGGGAGUGUGAAAGGAUGAAGAUACUGGAGAUAUAAAGCAGGAUAGGUAAAUGAAUGGAAUGAAGUGUGUGUGGUUGUCUUAAAUCCGAGGACAACCAGAAGCAGGGGUUAUGUUGGUUCCUAUAAUGACUUUAGCAUAGAUGACAUUUGCCCACUUAGCCUUGACACUGAGCCUCAUCUCCAUUAACAGGUGUUUAGAAAAUAGACUGAAAGCUGUAAGGUGCAGGAUGGACGUCCUCAGCACUGCCUUUGUGUUUACUUGUGUUUGAAUAACUGGAGUAACCCUGCUUGGAGAGAAAUCCCGUGCUGAGUCAGCAGUCUGAUGCCUGAAGCGUCAAAAAGUGUCAGGGGCAGAUACUGCUGUUCUUUCAGCUCUGAAGGGGGCCCUUCCCCCUUUGUGGGUGUUUAUAGCCAGCGUUCCCCGCAGAUGAUUGACCGCGUAAUUUGUGUUGAGGUGCUAAGAAAAUGCUGGAGUAAAAUUCCUUAAACAGGCUUAAACUGCACAACUUCUAGAGAAACUGUUAGUUCCUAAGGAAGAGCAAAAAGUAUGCAAAUGCAAAAUAUUCCAGGAAGUAAUUUUGUUUUAGGAGAUUAAGUCAAUCAGUUAAUGGAGUGUCUGAUGCUGUGAUUAAGGGAAAUGCCUCCUCACCCUGCUGUUCUCACGCCCCUUCUCCAAAAACGUCGCUUUAAGAGGCGAACGAACGGAACAGAGGAGCAGAGCGUUCUGAGU